AUGCCGGCCAAGAGGAAGCCGGUGCUGCCCGCCCUCAACAUCGCCCCCAGCGCGGCCGAGGGGCCGAGCCCCGACGGCUCCGCAGAGGCAAACUUGGUGGACCUUCAGAAGAAGCUUGAGGAGCUAGAGCUGGAUGAGCAGCAGAAGAAGCGCCUGGAAGCCUUCCUCACGCAGAAAGCCAAAGUGGGCGAGCUGAAGGAUGAUGACUUUGAGAGGAUCUCUGAACUGGGAGCUGGCAAUGGUGGUGUGGUCACCAAAGUGCAGCACAAACCCUCAGGGCUCAUUAUGGCACGGAAGCUGAUUCAUUUAGAAAUCAAACCAGCCAUCAGGAACCAGAUCAUCCGAGAGCUGCAGGUGCUGCACGAGUGCAAUUCCCCCUACAUUGUGGGGUUCUAUGGAGCCUUCUACAGUGAUGGAGAGAUCUCCAUUUGCAUGGAGCACAUGGAUGGUGGCUCUUUGGAUCAGGUGUUGAAAGAAGCCAAAAGAAUUCCUGAGGAGAUCUUGGGGAAGGUCAGCAUAGCGGUUCUGAGAGGCUUGGCAUAUCUGAGAGAGAAGCACCAAAUCAUGCACAGAGAUGUGAAGCCUUCUAACAUCCUGGUGAACUCCAGAGGAGAGAUCAAGCUGUGUGAUUUUGGGGUCAGUGGGCAGCUCAUUGACUCCAUGGCAAACUCCUUCGUGGGCACUCGGUCCUACAUGUCUCCCGAGCGGUUGCAGGGCACCCACUACUCAGUGCAGUCGGACAUCUGGAGCAUGGGGCUGUCCCUGGUGGAGCUGUCAAUCGGAAGGUAUCCAAUCCCCCCGCCAGACUCCAAGGAACUGGAAGCAAUAUUUGGCCGUCCUGUGGUGGACGGGGCCGAGGGAGAGCCUCCCAGCAUCUCGCCGCGGGCCAGGCCCCCAGGCCGCCCCAUCAGCGGUCAUGGGAUGGACAGUCGGCCUGCCAUGGCCAUCUUUGAGCUGCUGGAUUACAUAGUUAAUGAGCCUCCUCCCAAGCUGCCCAACGGAGUUUUCACACAAGAUUUCCAGGAGUUUGUAAAUAAAUGCUUAAUUAAGAACCCAGCAGAACGAGCAGAUCUGAAGAUGCUGAUGAGUCACACCUUCAUCAAGCGCUCCGAGGUGGAGGAGGUGGAUUUCGCCGGCUGGCUGUGCCGAACGCUGCGGCUGCACCAGCCCAGCACCCCCACCCGCGCCGCCGUCUGA